UCAGCAUUGACGAUCCACACUCAUUGUUUGCUCGGCACCAACGCCACGCCCAUUCGAAGAUACAUGCUGAGCCAUGUGAAGAAGAUGGCAGAGCACGGACUGGAAACGCGCACGCAUCCGGUGGUAUUGAUUACCCUGUCUCUGGACGCCGUAGACUCACUGCUGAAACGUGAGCUGCCGAUCACACGAUAUCCUCACGACUCCGCGGAUGUAUUGCAGGAUGAGGUGCUUGGCCUGUGUGCUCAGCUGAUCGACUUCAUCGGUGAUAUCUGCAAGGUCAGUCACGCAAUGGCCACAGACGGGGAGUUAGAAGAGCACUUUGAAGCACUCGACCAGAUUGAAGCAAACGUCCAGAGCUGUAAACCCCAAUUGACCUCGGGCAUGACUCAGACCAUGACUGCGCUCGAGAUGGCACACGCUUACGCUCAGGUGCGUUCGCAUAGAGAUACUCUUAUGCUUCUCAUCCAUCGCCUGCGCUAUCCUUUUGGGGUGAAAGACGAAACGGGAAAGAUGAUUGGCCAAAACAUCAUGACUGAUCUUGCCAUGGCGACCAGCAUUAGCGGUGCGCCUCCAAUUUGGGUCACGCUGCCAUUCCUCGUCGCCUGUAUCGAGAUGACGGAUGCGCAGGAACGUCGAACGGCCCUCGAUACCGUGGAUUUAUAUAUCGAUGGCCUCCAUCCGGCUGCACGAAGUAGCGCUCGUGAUUGGCUCAAAGCUGUGUGGUCAAAGAGGGACAAUGGUCCCGGCUUCAAGUGGUUGGAUGUGAUUGAUCAGCUUCCUAAUAUCUCCCUGAAUCAUGUGGGCACUGUACGAGCCAUACCUGAAGGGGGGUAUGAAAGUAUGCAAAAUCUGUCAACUGUGGGAGGGAGACAGACUUGAAUGUAACUGAUCUAUGAAGAAGAGGGACGAUCGACGAGAAGUUCGGAAGAAGGAAUGCGGCAGUUACGGCCAAAGGUGUCAUGCAUGUGAUGGACCCAU